AUGAUCCAAGACAUACAACCUAUUGUCAGAAACUUUCGUUUUAUUUGCAUCGUGAUCAUAAUAGCUGGAACCAUAAUCCAGUUCUCUGAUGAAAGUGAAUUUGUAGUAGACAUGUCAAAAUUAGGCCUUGUUCAUGUUCCGAAAGACCUACCACCAAAAACCGAAAUCUUAGAUAUGUCUCAAAACUAUAUAUCUGAGCUUCAGUUAUCUGACAUCAGCUUUCUGUCAAGGCUGAAAGUUUUGAGACUUUCCCAUAAUAGAAUCCAGCAACUUGAUUUUAGUGUUUUCAAGUUCAACCAGGAUUUGGAAUAUUUGGAUUUAUCUCACAAUCAAUUGCAAAAACUGUCCUGCCACCCUAUUGUGAGUUUCAAGCAUUUAGACCUAUCAUUCAAUGACUUCGAUGCCCUGCCCAUCUGUAAGGAAUUUGGCAACUUGACCCAACUAAAUUUCUUGGGAUUAAGUGCUACGAAGUUACAACAAUUAGAUCUGCUACCUAUUUCUCACUUGCAUCUAAGUUACAUCCUUCUGGAUUUAGGAGGUUAUUAUGUGAAAGAAAAUGAGACAGAAAGCCUUCAGAUUCUGAAUAUGAAAACACUUCACUUUGUUUUUCAUCCAGAUAGAUUAUUCUCUGUCCAAGUGAACAUAUCAGUUAAUACCUUAGGGUGCUUACAACUGACUAAUAUUAAACUAAAUAAUAAGAACUGUCAAGUUUUAAUUACAUUUUUAUCAGAACUCACUAGAGGUCCAACUUUACUGAAUUUUACCCUCAACAAUGUGGAAACAACUUGGAAAUGCUUGGUUGGGGUUUUUCAAUUCCUUUGGCCCAAACCUGUGGAAUUUCUCAGUAUUUACAAUUUAACAAUAGUUGAAGACAUUAGUGAAGAAAAAUUUACUUAUUCUAAAACGGCAUUGAAAGCAUUGAAAAUAGAACAUGUUACGAACGAAGUUUUUCUUUUUUCACAGACGGCAUUAUACACGGUGUUUUCUGAGAUGAACAUUAUCAUGUUAACCAUAUCAGACUCAUCUUUUGUACACAUGCUUUGUCCUCAGGCACCAAGCACAUUUAAGUUUUUGAACUUUACCCGAAAUGUUCUCACAGAUAGUAUUUUUCAAAAAUGUUCUACUUUAGUUAGAUUGGAGACACUUAUCUUACAAAAGAAUGCAUUAAAAGACUUUUACAAAGUAGGUCUCAUGACUAAGGAAAUGCCAUCUUUGGAAAUACUGGACGUUAGCUGGAAUUCUUUGGAAUCUCCCAGACAUGAGGAAAACUGCCCUUGGGUUGAGAGUAUAGUUAUUUUGAAUUUGUCUUCAAAUAUACUUACUGACUCUGUUUUCAGAUGUUUACCUCCUAGGGUCAAGGUACUUGAUCUUCACAAUAAUCGAAUAAGGAGCAUUCCUAAAGAAGUCAUGAAACUAGAGGCUUUGCAAGAACUCAAUGUUGCUUUCAAUUCUUUAACCGACCUUCCUGGAUGUGGUGCUUUUAGCAGCCUUUCUGUACUGAUCAUUCACCAUAAUUCAGUUUCUCACCCAUCAGCUGAUUUCUUCCAGAACUGCCACAAGAUUAGGUCGAUACAAGCAGGCAACAAUCCAUUCCAAUGUACAUGUGAGCUAAGAGAAUUUGUUAAAAAUAUAGGCCAAGCAUCAAGUGAAGUGGUAGAAGGCUGGCCUGAUUCUUAUAAGUGUCACUACCCAGAAAGCUAUAAGGGAACGCUGCUCAAGGACUUUCACGUGUCUCAAUUAUCCUGCAACACAGCUCUGCUGAUGGUCACCAUUGGGGCUGCUGUGCUGGUGCUGGCUGUCUCUGUGACCUUCCUCUGCAUGUACUUGGAUCUGCCCUGGUAUCUCAGGAUGGUGUGUCAGUGGACCCAGACCCGGCGCAGGGCUAGGAACAUACCCUUAGAGGAACUCCAAAGAACUCUCCAGUUCCAUGCUUUUAUUUCGUACAGUGAACAUGAUUCUGCCUGGGUGAAGAAUGAACUGGUACCUUGCCUAGAAAAAGAAAAUAUACGGAUUUGUCUUCACGAGAGAAACUUUGUUCCUGGCAAGAGCAUUGUGGAAAAUAUCAUAAACUGCAUUGAGAAAAGUUACAAGUCCAUCUUCGUUUUGUCUCCCAACUUUGUUCAGAGUGAGUGGUGCCAUUACGAACUCUACUUUGCCCACCACAACCUGUUUCAUGAAGGAUCUGAUAACUUAAUCCUGAUCUUGCUGGAACCCAUUCCACAGAAUAGCAUUCCUAGCAAGUAUCACAAGCUGAGGGCUCUCAUGACACAGAGGACUUAUUUAGAAUGGCCCACAGAGAAGAGCAAACAUGGACUUUUUUGGGCUAACAUUAGAGCUGCUUUUAAUAUGAAAUUAAUACUAGCCACUGAAAACAAUGAUAUGCAAACUUAA